AUGCCUUCUCUCUCAAGGGGUAGAAAGCUCUUCGGGGCUGUCUCGGCUUCUAUUCUCGCUCUUGCCUAUGGCGAGAAAUUCUCUGCUUCCAGGUUUGAUGUCUUGGAUUAUGUUGAUCCAUUGAUUGGGACAUCCGAUGGAGGUCACGUAUUUCCAGGAGCUACACUUCCUUUUGGAAUGGCAAAGGCCGUUUCAGACGUUUAUAAUGGGGAGAACCAAGGCGGAUUCUCUGUUGAUGCUAGCCGGAUCGGUGGCUUUAGCCACCUCCACGAUGACGGUACGGGCGGUUCCCCGUCCAUGGGAAACUUCCCAAUCUUUCCUCACCCAAACUGCCCGGAUGAAGACCUGAACAAAUGCGAAUGGCUGCAGUCUGAUCGCGCGACUAAGUGGCUAAAGAAGUCCCCCAAGGCGAGACCGGGUUAUUUCAGUAUUGACCUUGCAAAUGGUGUCCAUGCGGAAAUGACUACCACCAAUCACUCUGCCUUGUAUCGCUUCAAAUUCAACAAUUCCUCUUCCGCCCUCAGUCCAGUCAUUCUGGUUGACCUGAUGGAUCUGCCUCAAUCACGAACAAACGCCUCUGCCUCGGUCGACCCUUCCACCGGACGGCUCACCGGAAAUGGUACCUUUAGCCCAAGUUUCGGCAUUGGCAGCUACGAUGCGCAUUUCUGCGUUGAUUUCAAGGGCGCCGAGAUCCGUGAUACGGGUGUCUGGACUCAGAAUCGUGCGGGUACGGAUCUGAAAAGUGUCUCUAUGGAUCCAUCAGGCACUAUCUCGGCGUCCAGUAAUUCUGCUGGAACAUUUGUCUGGUUCCACGCGCCCAAUGACGACUCCAUAAUGGCGCGCGUUGGUAUCAGUUUCAUGAGCGUGGACCAGGCCUGCCACAAUGCAGAGACAGAGCAGCCCGACUUUGACUUCGAAGCCACUGUCUCUGCAGCGGAAGAUGCAUGGAGACAAAAACUGGAAGUUAUUUCCGUCGACGCCGAUGGGGUCUCCCAGGAGCUUCAAAUGGUCUUCUGGAGUGGCGCGUACAGGACCAUGAUCAGCCCACAAGACUAUACGGGAGAGAAUCCGCUCUGGACAAGUGAUGAACCGUACUAUGAUAGCUUCUACUGCCUAUGGGACUCUUACCGCAGCAUUCAUCCGUUGCUGACCUUGAUGGACCCCCUAUCACAAUCUCGCAUGGUUCGGAGUUUAAUCGAGACAUAUCGCCAUGAAGGAUUUCUCCCCGACUGUCGCAUGUCGCUCUGCAAGGGAUACACUCAAGGCGGCUCAAACGCCGACGUAGUGAUUGCAGACGCAUUUUUGAAGAAGGUCGUCGAUAUCGACUGGCAAAUGGCGUACGAGGCGGUUGUAAAGGACGCUGAAAUCGAGCCGGCCAAUUGGGAUGUCGAGGGCCGUGGUGGGCUCAGAAGCUGGAAGAAGCUCGGCUUUAUCCCAGAAGAUGACUAUGAUCCAGACGGGACCGGCACGCAUACCCGUAGUGUCUCGAGGACCGUAGAGUACGCUUACAAUGACUUCUGUAUUGCUGAAAUGGCAAAGCGCAUGGGGCAUCCCAAGGACCAUAAGAAGUACAUUGAACGUGCUUCCAACUGGAAGAAUUUGCUGAAGAAAGAUCAGCGCUCUGCCAUUAAUGGCACAGACACCGGCUUUGUUGGAUUUUUGGAGCCUCGUUAUCUGAACUUGACCUGGGCACAUCACGAUCCUAUCUUUUGCUCUCCUCUCAUAGGUCAUGAAUCGUGUUAUCUUGACCCUAACGGAGGUCCUACAUAUGAAGGGAGCUCCUGGCUAUACACCACUUACGUUCCUCAGGACAUGGCGUCCUUGAUCUCCAAUCUCGGCGGUCCCGAAAACUUUACCUCCCGACUUGAUUUGUUGCAUGAGGCCAGUAUCCUCGAUAUCGGCGAUGAACAGGCCUUCCUACCUGUCUUCCAGUAUCAUUACACCGGACGACCUGCUCUGUCGACCAAGCGCGCACACUACUACAUCCCAUCACGAUUCAAUACCAGCUUCGCCGGCCUCCCGGGUAACGACGACAGCGGAGCGAUGGGCUCGUUUGCUGUUCUGACGAUGAUGGGACUCUGGCCCGUUCCCGGCCAGGACGUCUACCUCAUCAGCGCUCCUUUCUUCAAGGAAGUCAGCCUCCGCAACAGCAUCACGGGCAACGUGGCCACUAUUCGCAAUAAAAACUUUGAUCCCAACUACAAGUCCAUCUACAUCCAAAGCGCCAAGCGGGACGGCAAGCCCUGGUCCCAAAACUGGCUCCUCCAUGAUUUUUUUAUAGAGGGUGGUGUGCUUGAGCUCGAGUUGGGUGAGAAGGAGAGCAACUGGGGGACAAGGACUCAAGAUCUUCCACCCAGCAUGAGCCAUUACCAAUAG